CUCACUGGGGGCCCGGCUUUCGCCCGCUGCUGCCGCCGCCGCCGCCGGCCGCGGCUGCUCUCCCAAGAUGGCGGCUCCUCCGGGCGAGUACUUCAGCGUUGGGAGCCAGGUGUCGUGCCGGACGUGCCAGGAGCAGCGGCUGCAGGGCGAGGUGGUAGCCUUCGACUACCAGUCCAAAAUGCUGGCUUUAAAAUGUCCCUCUUCCAGUGGAAAGCCCAACCACGCAGACAUCUUGCUCAUAAACUUACAGUAUGUUUCAGAAGUGGAAAUAAUUAAUGACCGAACAGAAACCCCUCCUCCCCUAGCUUCACUCAAUGUUAGUAAGCUUGCCAGCAAAGCACGGACAGAGAAGGAGGAGAAGCUGAGCCAGGCCUAUGCAAUCAGCGCUGGUGUCUCCCUAGAGGGCCAGCAGCUCUUCCAGACCAUACACAAGACCAUUAAAGACUGUAAAUGGCAAGAAAAAAACAUCGUAGUCAUGGAAGAAGUUGUUAUUACGCCCCCAUAUCAAGUGGAAAACUGUAAAGGCAAAGAGGGGAGUGCACUGAGCCAUGUACGCAAAAUAGUUGAAAAACAUUUUAGAGACGUGGAAAGCCAAAAGAUACUGCAGCGUUCACAAGCCCAACAACCACAGAAGGAAGCUGCCCUGUCAUCCUGAGUCCACAUACACGGAGGACUCUUCCAGCAUCCAGCCAAGGAGGCGAUGGUGGUGGCUUCAGCGGAGGCAGGCCGGGGGAGGGAAGGGAUCCUAUAUUUCCUGUUGGCUCUUGUUAACAAAGGGUCAGCGUUUCCAAAUCUUAGACUUGAACAAACAAAACACCCAACAAAAAAGAACAAGAGAAUAAUUUAAAAGUUGAAUCAUUACUUGACUAACAGACUUCGGUCCACCAUGUCCUUUUCACAGCCCCCUUCUGGGACAGUCACCUUGUUAAUUUUAUUUUUGAAAAUUCCUUUCCUGCUCUGCCCUUUCACCUCUGACUUUCCUUUCCUAGUCUGUCCUUGCCAUUCUGUUUUUAUAAGUGGCUAUACUUGCCUUCUGAGUGACUGAAAGAAACUUUUACAUCUUCUCUUCCAAAAUAAAAGUAACAAGCUGACUGUGAUACUUAAGUUGAGACUAGAGCAGCCGACAGAAGUCUCACUUUAAAUUUUUCUUUUUUUUCUUUUUUUUUUUUCUUUUUUUGCACAGGGCAUGGCUUGAAUUAGUUUUAUUUUUCUUAACUUUAAAUAUAUAUAUGAAAAUAUAUAUUAAAAUGUUCUCUAAAUAUUUUCUGCUUCUUGCAGGUCUCUUUUUACUAGAUCAUGGCCACUCUUCCCACCUCAUUCCUCUGACAAUAAAAAUAUAUUGCCUUCCCCACCACCCAUAGCCAGGCAACUGACUUGACUUAGUUCACAGGACGAAUCUCCUGCAGCAUUUCCUAGAGCCAGUGUAUGCAGAUGAGAUUCGGCUUUGAGGGUUCCUGAUGGCGUUUUAGUCUUUAACUGUGUGUGUACCAGUCUCACAUUUGGCCAAAACCUCAGGAUUCUCCUUCUGCCUUUUGUCUUACUUCACGGUACUAGAAGAACGUCCGCAUCACUCUCCUGUCUCCUAGAUGGGAGAAUCAGCUGCCCUUUCUCGUGUGCCCUCUGCAGGAAGAAGUAUUUUGCAUGGCACAUCUCAGCUCCUCCUUGAGGGAUGAUUUUCUUUCGUAAGAAACCUGGAGUCCACCUAUCCCAACCUCUCUUUAAGUCUGUAUCCAGAGCCACUAGCCCAGGAGAAAGCUUGGGUGACCUGUAGUUUCCUGCCAACCUCAUGCUCUUAUGCCCUUCCCCACCCCCCUAAAUAUUACAAGCUUAAGACAGUUUGUAUGUGCUCAGCCGAUGGGCAGAAAACCUGGAAAGAAUUUCUGGACUUUAGCCCACCAGUUUGUCUGGUUUGACUAACCUGCUGAGAGCUAAGACUGGCGCCAGUUGCCCCUGUGCCUUUACGGCGGUCCAGUGGGGCAGAGUGUGCCACUAUCUGAAUAUCAGGCACCGAGUGGGACCUGGGUGAUGCUCAUGUGACUGGCUAGAGCUUCGGGGGUGGGGUGGGGGUUAACUACUAUUUUUUGGCCAUGAUCUCUUUCCCCUUCCUUUUUUUUUUAAUUAAAUAAAUGGAUCAAAAUUAAAUAAUUCAAGCCUUGCCUUCAAAAUGAAAUUUUUUUUUAGUAUUGUUUAGCAAAAACAAUAAAACCCAAAUUUUUUUAACCAUCACUCAUGUCUCGGGUUUGUGCGUGCUUUAGAGGCCCUGGAGGGAGGGGCCUCUGAGGGUAUGUGUGUUUGGUUUGACCUUUCCCUUUAGAUUCUCUGCUUCCUUCUCUUUACCCUCUCUCCUUUCACCGCCUGAGAACUCAUCCAGAAAUAGAAUGCAAAGCGUGUAGUUUAAGAAGAGGAUCCAGGGUUGGGAGUUAUGUGUAAGUGGAGUAGAGGAAUAAAGGGGUUGGGUACAUAUAUGAGACCAUUUGUUACGGGACUGUUUGGAGGAAAAAUGAGAAAAUACUGGAAAGUAAACUUUCACAUCCACCUCCCAUUGGCCAGAACCUGAUUUAAAGUACCAAGCCUUUGAUUUAGGCUGCAUGGAAGUGUAGACUUCUGGAGAAGGUAAAAGAGGAAGAAGAGGAGAGACCUUGCAAGAACUAGAGAACCUAAGAAAUGCAAUUGAAGGAGUGAAGGUGAUUAGUGGGAAAUAGCAAUCCCGGAAAGAAGUUCUUUGU